AUGGGAUUAUUUAAAAAGUUGAAAGGUAGAGUCGAAGAGACACUUGAGGAAUUGAAUAUCAAUGAACGUCCAAGAUACCAACAACCAAUAUAUAGUUCAGGAUACCAACAACCAAUCGGACAGAACUUGGCGCCGGCUAUUCCGGAAAGGGACUAUUACAACUGUAACAAUAAUAGUGGCAGCAAUCGUAAUGGUGGUAACCAUAAUAAUUAUAAUAGCGGUGAGCAGCUGAACAAUGUGAAGGGUCAAGGAAAUUCAGGUAAUGGAAAAGUGGAUGAUUUGUUUAGCGAGCCAAUAUCAUUGGAUGGCCCAGUUUCGCAGAUCCCAUCUUCAAACAACCAUCCAGUUCCACUUCCAGAGUUUUAUCAGCAGAAGGGACCAAUCGAAACGAACAACUUCUACGGAAAUAUGCUUGUGGAAAAGCAAAACUUACCAGUUUGGACUCAUCCUUACAGUUUGUGGAAAUGUGACGAUGAUCAGUUCUGGGGUCUUGCCGUUUCCUGCACCACGGCCAGCCAGCGGGUUUUUGGUGAUGAUCCCAACUCAAAUCCGUGCAAGUACUUUUUUUCGCCGGUUGGGAUCUGCUCGAUUUCUCUAGGAGCGUCUGAAUUUCAGUGUGGAAUCAGAUUUAGAAUUGGGGAAUGUAAACGAUUCAGCUGCGGUGUGGAAUUCACUGCUGCAAGCGGUGGAAAUUCUGGCAAGAUGACCUCGAAACUUGUCCAAGGUAUGGGUCUCAUAACUGCACUCUAUUCAGGAAACAUCCAUCCCAGAAUUACGAGCAAAGUGGGUUUCCAAAGGCUGGAUCCCAAAGGAAGAACUGCAAAUGGACUCUACAAGUUUAUCCUAACACUAUUCGAUUCAUCCAAAUGGGUGCUUUUUUCGAACAUGGACGCAUUUAGUUUGAGAAAUGCCAAUUGCAUUGAGUCAUCUUCUUUUCAGAAUAGUGCCAUCAUUCAGGUGGGAAGAGUUCCCAAGAACGGCGAUGAGGGUGCCUAUGAUUUGGCUGCUGGUGCCUAUGUUGAGGAUGUGACACUUUCUGGAAAUGUAGGUAACCAGAACAAUGCACAGUACAGCUUUAAUUACAGAAUUGGAGGUAGAUCGAGUUCAGGAAAGGUUGUGCAAUGGGCAUUACCUCAUCAAUAUCACUCUGCAGACAAAUGUAUGAGUAGUGAACGCAUCUCGAAUGCUGAGCUAGACUCCACGUGCAAAGGUGUGAUGUGGGCAUAUCUAACAAAGCGGUUUGUGAUGAAUGAGCGAUUGCCACCCCAGGAAUUGCAGUUCGAUCCAUAUGUUGAGGGUAAAGGAUGCACUGGGUACUCAGAGCAGGCGAUAAGGAGAAUCAGGGAGGUCGCAAGCCGAGAAAUAGACUCGUUUGAUGUGGUCAACGCGUCCAACACAGACUCGAUGUACACGUCAGGAAAAAUCCUUGAUAAAGGGGCAUUCAUGUUGUACGUGGCCGGAUUCGUGCUUAAGGACGAGCAGUUGGCGAGAAAGCAGCUUUUGAAGAUGAAGCAGGCAUUUUCAAGGUUCAUACAGAACAAACAGCAGGCUCCAUUAGUGUACAACAGCACAUGGAAGGGAAUAGUGAGCUCGGCAGGAUUGAAAGAUGGAAAUUUCUACUGUGACUUUGGCAACUGCUUCUACAACGAUCACCACUUCCAUUACGGCUAUCAUAUCCAUGCAGCAUCCCUAGUGGCACUAGCUGACCGCAAGUACGGUGAUAACACAUUCUUGAACGAGUGCAAGGACUGGGUUAACACCUUGGUGAGAGAUGUUUGCAACCCGAGUGAGAAAGACAGAUAUUUCCCAGUAUUCAGAUCGUUUGACUUCUUCAACGGCCACAGCUUUGCAAACGGGCUGUUUGCACACGGAGAUGGAAAAGAUGAAGAGUCGUCGAGUGAAGAUUAUCACUGCUACUACGGUGUGAAGCUGUGGGGAAGAGUUAUUGGAAAUGUGCAGUUGGAGCAGUUGGGAUCGCUAAUACUUGCCAUUGAGCGCCGAGCAAUGAACUUAUACAUGCUUUACUCGAGUGACAACGAUGUGGUGCCGGCGAAUUUCAAGGCGAAUAAGGUGUCUGGCAUAUUAUUUGAGAAUAAAAUCGACCAUGCUACUUACUUUGGGAUGAAUAAGGAGUUUAUUCACGGGAUCCACAUGAUUCCAAUCACGCCAAUGUCGAAUUACAUGAGAAAGACGAGGUUUGUGAGGGAGGAGUGGGAGCAGAUGAGGUUGGGAGAGUUGGUGAGGGGCAUUGAUUCAGGAUGGAAGGGGCUUUUGUACUUGAAUUCGGCCGUAAUCGAACCAGGGGAAGCAUGGAAAUUUUUCAAUGAUGAGAAUUUCCAGGAUGCAUGGUUGGACAACGGGAUGUCGCGGACUUGGUGUCUGGCAUAUUGUGCCGGGAUGGGAGGGAUAUAA